AUGGCAGACAAGAAACUCCUCGUCGUGCUUGGGGCGACUGGAAAGCAGGGUGGUUCGGUUAUCAACUCCAUCCUCGGCGAUGAGAAGGCCGCAGCGCAGUUCUCUAUCCGUGCAAUUACAAGAGAUCCAUCGAAGCAAUCUGCCCAGGCUCUGGCUAAACGAGGGGUUGAGUGUGUCAAGGCGGAUCUCAACAGUAAAGAAUCUCUCAUCGAAGCUUUCAAGGGCGCAUACGCUGUAUAUGCUGUCACCAAUUUCUGGGAGACAGGAAGCGCCGAGACGGAGAUUCGGCAGGGCAAGAAUAUCGCUGAUGCCGCUAAACUCACAGGAGUCUCUCACUUUGACUCCAAAGCUGCUGUGGAGGAAUAUAUUCGCAGCAUCGAUGUACCAGCCACGUUCUUCCUUCCUGGCUUCUACAUGUCCAAUAUCCCAGCUGGCACUCUAAACAACGUAUCCGGGGUAUAUAACUUUAGCAACCCGGUUCCAAAUAAUACCCCCAUUCCCCUUUUCGACAGCUACCGGGAUACCGGAAAAUUCGUCAAAGCCAUCUUGCUCAACCGGGAGAAAGUCCUUGGGAAGCAGAUAUAUGGAGCAACCGAUUACUAUACUCCAGACCGCAUUAUCGCCGAGUUUCAAGCUGUCAAGACGCAGGAUGGCCAGGGCGGCGCUGCUAUCCAUAUUCCGGACGAGGAUUUCAAGGGGAUCCUUGCCAUAGGCAACAUGUCGGAGAAAGCAAGGGAGGAGAUGCUUCAGAAUAUGCAACUAUUGUAUAUGUUUGGGUAUUAUGGUGGUGCAAGCCUGAAGGAGAGUCUUGACCUUCUUGACGAGGCCCCGACCACCUGGAAAAAAUUCGUCGAACAGGAACCUGCUUGGGCUCAUUUGAAGUAA